AUGGCCGCUGCGUCGUCGCGGACAUUCUCUCCGCCUCUAACUUCGUAUGGAGCGCCGUCCACGACGGGUACGGUACAGAGCAACCCACUCUCGACUAGGAUAGUUCAACAGCUGGUGAUAGAAGGUCGCUGCGACUCGACUCAGGAGGGAAGUUCACUGCGACUGUUCAUGAAGGCGCGUUUUCUCACUUUGUCUCGCGUACAACGCAUGGAAAACGUGCGGAUAGUAGACUCCAAAGUGCACCCUUUGGACAGCAAAUCGGCUCCUUAUGCUUUUUCCACCACUGCCUCUCCACUCCUGCAUAGUACUGCGCGUGCAUUGAACCUCCCUCCUCGCUCCAACAAGUCAUACUAUACAUUUCUCGGCGUCCCACCCUCAGUGGAGUCCCCAGGAUCCUCGGGCGACGCCAGCAGUUCGCGUCGAGCCGCUGCAGUAGCACCUCUUCCUUUGAACCUUACUGGAGAAAUCACCGUUUCCAACUUUCACAUAUGCUUCAUCCUACCACGCGUGUUACCCACCCGGGGAGCAGUGCUCGCGGAUACAGACUUUGACCAUCUAUCACGGAGUAAUACGAGAUCAGCAUUCAACGAAAGUAGCGGCAAGCAAAUAUCCUUCAUGGCCGGGGUCGAUAUCUUUGUCCCAUAUGCCUCACGACCUCCGAAAUCUCCCUACUUGCUCUCACUUCCUCUUCCCCGCUGCUUGCGAAAUUUCAUUAAACUCAAAAUCAUCCCAGCGCCUACACUCCCGUCGGGGCAAGACCCACCUCGAUGGGAAGUUUCAUCGGAUCCCAGUGUGGCAUAUGGGCAAUCCCGCGGGUCGAGAUCAACUUCGUAUGAACGACUCGCUGACGACGAAACCUCUAUCGACGGCUCCUACGAGGCGGGGGCAUUAGCCGCAGUUCCUGCAGGUCUUCAAGGCUCGUUUCCAUCCGCCGACCGAAUCAGAGUUAGAUGGGCACACCCAAUGGGUUACAUCCCAACACCAGAUGGUAGGCGACGGGUUGGCGUUGACGAGGUCACCGGGCUCGUCCAUUGUACAUUGCUGGGGAGAGACGAGCGAGGGAGGACGAAGAUGCGGCUCGAAUACGAAGGUGUCUGCAGAGGUUUAUGGUACCAAGGUGUCGCCACGCAACUUGGUAUGGACGUUAUGCUCAACGGCAAAGGCCGUUCGCUUGCCUGGGCGAGUGAGGGUGAGCAAUGGGAGCUCAGCGGGGACUCAAACUUCGUUGGGUUCGUGGGUGGGAAGGAUCCGAAAGAGCAACCAACGGCGGCGUCACCAGAAGACGACUCAAUGGAUCGCUCGACGCGAGGAAGCCUUUUGCAAUCCAAGCUUUCGUCGUAUGGUGCACCAUCGUUGCUGCACACGGCACUACCAAAUGUUUCAACCCUUCCUGAUUAUUCUUUCGAAACAACACCAUCGCCCACAAUCUCCAUGAUCAACUCUACUGGGACGCCACACUCUGGAACUUCGUCUGUUGCCACUCUUUCGAACCCACUCAAUCAACCCGUCACACUGUUUUUGAACAUCGGCAACAUGGAUCCAGCUCCGAAUAACGAAUUUGCUUUCAAACUCUGUGGAACAAUACUGGUCGGGCCUCGCAGGGAGGGGGAGUACGAUGAUGAGGACGACCCACUGGAACUUCCUGCAUUCAAUGUGCUACCCGCAGAAAGAUCAUUCAAUGAGGUCAUUAUCUCCUCUCAGAUGCAAGAGAGCGUCGAAGUCAUUCUACCGAGCGAAAAGAGACAACAACGUUCUGGUUUGCCAAAUGGACUUCGAACCCCACCAUUAAAGCGCAAACUUCUGAAGCGGAGAAUGACUGUACGAACCGAGGAUGGAGCAAGCGUAGUGUUUAUCCCGCAUGCAGAGAACCCCAAGGAGUCUCCUUUGUCCCGUCAUUGGGCCGCUCCUCGUUCACCUCGGACACCGCGCGCGUCAGAAGCUUCAAGGAUGAAUCGAUCGCCUCGGACACCCAUAAAACCUAGGGCUGGGUUGAUUGCAUCUCCCAUGCUUGGAGGAGCCUACCCAAUUCCAUGGGUCAAGGCCGUAGUGACCCUUCUUCCCUUAUCAGAACAACAAUCGCAUGCCGUUCGCUUUACGGUCCCAUCUGUGGCAGCAACAGAUAGUGUUCUUGCGUUUGGUGUUUGUCUCCCAUCAACCCUUGUGCAAGAUGACGAGACAGCGAUUGAAAUAGUGUCUGCAACCGCAGACGGUAUCAAUCUACCAUGGGAAGUAAUACCUCGAGAUAUCCUCGAGGACGAUGGGCAGUUGCUUGGGGUUCCCGAUCUCACUCGUACCCCUCGAAAGGGUGAGGUGGAAGAAACCACUCUUGGCAACGUGGACAAGUGGAUACGCGUAUUCCUGCCUGAUGAGCGUAUACUGGGGAAUAUCGAGAUACAUUAUCUCGUGGCUCGCGAACCUCAGACCAAAGGAAAGGGAAAGAAGCGGUCAGAUGGACAAGUCUCUAUCCUUCUUCCCGCCUUUCAUGUCGGAGUUGGAACAUAUACCGUUGAUGUACACACUCCACGAGGUUACAAAGAACCUCUACUCCUAAGCAACUUUACCCAACAAGACGAUGGCCAGCUGUCACACUACCGACUCCCCAACUACUUUUAUCCACAAGUCCGCGCACAGGUGGAAAAGCUAUCGACUGAAACCGCCCCAAGUUUUACGAUGCGCUCUCUCCAAAUGGCAGGAUGGUUGUUUGGACACCUAAUGAAGACGGCUCCUGUAAUUGCAUCCGUGGUGGUUAUUUGGAUUGCGUUAUCUAUACGCAACGACAUACAGAACUCACAGCUGAUUCAAAAUCUUCCACUUGGAUCGAACUGGGCGUCGCAACCGCGCACACCGCCUGGAGAGUACCCACCGCAAGCCGGGCAGACUCCUGGCUCUGAGCCGACAUUCCCAUAUACUGUCGACACCGCAACUGCCACCCAAUAUCAACCACAGGGAGAAAACGCUGAUAUGACGGUGUUUAGACAGGUGCACGCCCUCAUUCCUCUGCAACUCGGACUGUUACAGCGCCUUGACUGGGCGCGACUUGCAGACGCACUUCUUAUUAGCAUGGAGAAACUUGUCGGUUUCUUCCAGGCGGUUCUGAAUUUUCCGGCGCCUCCAUGA